UGGAAUGAAAUUACCUAUCCAUGUACCAGGAACGGAUUUGAUUGGGUGUGUUAUUUAUUAAUGACUCAUGGGCAGGAAUUAAACAUUUGGCCUUUUGAUUGAUGUCUACUGGCCGCCUGAAUGGCUCAUUGACCUAUAAAAUAAGGGAUUGCUAAAACGGCGCGUCAGCCUAAUAGAGACAGUUUAUCAUGGAGGACUCCACAGAAUUCAUUCUCCAGGAUCAAGGCUCCAGGAUGGUCCAUAGCAGUAAGGACAACCCCGUCCUGACAGUUGCUACUGGGGCUUUGCUUGCUGGCCUCUACGGAAUAUGGACUAUGUUUGCCCUUCCUGGCUUCCGCAAAGUUCCAAGAAGACUCAAGGUGCCUUACCUGCCCUCGAGUAAAGCUCAGAUCGUAAACGUCAUGCAGCUGCUGGAGGGACGCAGAGGCAAACUAGUUGAUCUGGGAUCAGGAGACGGGAGACUGGUGUUUGCUGCCUACUCUGUUGGCCUCCAGUGUACUGGAUUUGAGAUCAACUCCAUGUUGCUGGCAUAUGCUAGAGUGAAGGCACGCUGGACAGGAGUACCACCCAGACAGGCAAACUUUGUCAACAAGGACUUCUGGAAGACUGAUUUGUCAAACUACAACAACGUGACUGUAUUCCUAGCCCCAGGAUUGAUGGAGGUGCUGUGUGAGAAGCUUCUGAGGGAGCUUCCUGAUGACGCGUGUGUCGUCGCCUGCCGCUUCCCCUUCCCCCAGUGGCCCCACCGAGCCUCGCAGGGCGACGGCCUCGACCAGGCCUGGGCCUAUGACAUCAGCACUGUACGCUCAGCUCUGGGCCAGGCAUGACCCUAUGACCUUA